AUGGCGGAGGCGAGGGAGGAGCUCGUGUACCUGGCGAAGCUUGCGGAGAAGGCGGAGAGGUACGGGGAGAUGGUGGAGUUCAUGGAGAAGGUAGUGGCGGCGCUGCCGGAGGCGGAGGAGCUCACAGUGGAGGAGAGGAAUCUGCUCUCCGUGGCCUACAAGAACGUGGUCAGCUCCCGCAGGUCGUCGUGGAGGGUCGUCUGCUCCAUCGAGCAGAAGGAGGUGGAGAGCCACGGCGAGGAGUGGGACCGCCUGAUCGCCAUCCGCGACUACCGCGCGAGGAUCGAGUCCGAGCUCAGCUCCAUUUGCGAGACGAUCUUGCGGAUCCUGGAGAGGCACCUCGUCCCCUCCGCCACUGCCGACGACGCCAAGGUCUUCUUCCUCAAGAUGAAGGGGGACUACCACCGCUACCUCGCCGAAUUCUUGACCGGCGCCCCCCGCAAGGAGGCCGCCGAUAGCACGCUCUCCUGCUACAAGGCUGCUCAGGUCGGUCGAUGGAACCUCCUCUUUCUUUCCUCAUUUUUCCGUCAUAAUCACAUCUGUCUGGCUAGUGCGCCUUCAUCCAGUGUCGCAAAAUUCAAUCUCCAUUUCUUGGAUCUAUCACAUGCGGAUUUGAUUUGUUCUGCGAGCAAAUAAAUCGCUGCGCUGUCGACUACUAGCGAUCUUCUUUUAUCUCUAUGAAUUUGAUCACCGCCAUCUGGCCAUUUUUCCGUCUGCUUCGAUAUUCUCUGAUAUCUGUCUCUACAUGCCAUGUUUCUUGACUGAUUAUCGAAUGCUGACGACUGUACUUGAAACAUUCCCCAGGAUAUCGCUGUGGAAAAGCUGGGGCCCGCGCACCCCGUCAGGCUUGGCGUGGCCCUCAAUUUCUCGGUGUUCUACUUCGAGAUCCUCAAUUCGUACGACAAAGCCUGCACACUUGCCAAGCAGGUGCGCCCUCCGUUCAGAUCUCACCCUCCUUCGAACUAUAAUUAAUUCAUCUCGUCAAUUCGUUCCGAAUGAUCGAUCGAAUCUCGGGCUCCUUUGAUUCUCUUAAUGGAAAUCAUCCUCCUGAUUUUCAGGCAUUCGAUGACGCCAUUGGGGAUCUGGACACAUUGGGCGAGGAAUCAUACAAGGACAGCACUCUUGUAAUGCAGCUCCUCCGCGACAACCUUACGCUCUGGAAUACAGACCUGAGAGUCAGGACCCCUCUUUCUUCUUCCUCUUCUUGUUCUUCUCGAUGUUUUAGUUUCUUCUUUGCAAGCGAUUACUGACUUCUCCCACCUUUUUCGUGGUGCCCAGGAUGAUAUAGCAGAAGAGACACGGCUCCUAAGCCCAUAG